AGCCGCUUCCUUCUACCCUCAUUUUUCUCUUCGCAUCUUUACCCGCCACCACGAUGCAGAUCUUCGUCAAAACCCUGACGGGGAAGACCAUAACCCUAGAGGUCGAGUCUUCUGACACCAUCGACAAUGUCAAAUCCAAGAUUCAGGACAAAGAAGGCAUUCCACCUGACCAACAACGCCUCAUCUUUGCCGGGAAGCAGCUCGAGGAUGGCCGCACCUUAGCCGACUACAACAUCCAGAAGGAAUCUACUCUCCACCUCGUUCUCCGUCUCAGGGGUGGUGCAAAGAAGAGGAAGAAGAAGACCUAUACCAAGCCUAAGAAGAUCAAGCACAAGAAGAAGAAGGUCAAGCUCGCCGUGCUCCAGUUUUACAAGGUGGAUGAGUCCGGGAAGGUUCAGAGGCUGAGGAAAGAGUGCCCCAAUGCUGAGUGUGGAGCCGGGACUUUCAUGGCUAACCAUUUCGAUAGGCACUAUUGCGGUAAGUGUGGACUCACUUACGUCUACCAGAAGGCUGGUGGCGAUUGAAUAGGGCCGGGUCCUUCAAAAGAUUUGAAUCUAUUGCUGUUUUAACAGAAUGGACAUUAGCGUUUUAUAUUUCAGUAAUUGCUGAACUUUUAAAAUUUUUGUUAUGUUUUAUCAUGUUAUACUAUUUUUGGAGUUUUGACAUUUGAAUGAUUAUCAGUUCAGUUGUCUGAAUCAAAUUAUGUGGUUUUCUACUUAUUUUUGUUU